UCGAAUCGAAAAAAAAAGACCCAGAGGCCAGAGCUCACGCGCAGGCGCAGGCGCAGGCGCAGCGGAACCCCGAUCCCAAUCUCCCACACCACCGGUACAGAGUACACCGCCGCCGCUCUGUGCCUGUGCGGACCGUCCCCAUUCCCAGCGCGAGCGAGCUGUGAGCAGCAUUUCCCACCGAACCCGAGGGGCGAGGUGUGGAUCCCACCGGCGGCGCCGACCAUGUCGACCCGGGCGCGGCCCGCUUGGUUGAACAAGCUAAAGCGGAUCAUUGGACGGCGCAUCCGCUCGGGAAGCCUCAGUGCUGAGGCCGCGCGCCAACUCUGCGACGAGGUGCUCCCAUCGAUCCAAAGUCGUUCCCCACCACCGGCCGCUUCAGCAGCCGCGCGCCGGUGGAGGGCCGACCGCCGCCCUUCCUGGGAGCUGGAGCAGUUCAUCGGACAGUGUUACCGCUCGGGUGACCUCGCCCCCGAGGACGCAGUCGAUCUGUUCGACGAAUUGCUUCACCAAGCGAGGCCCGGCUCCAUUUACGCCCUCAACCAGCUGCUCACCACGGUCGCUCGCGCCCCGGUCUCCUCCACUGUGCGCGAUGGCCCUGCUCGCGCCGUGUCCAUGUUCAACCGUAUGGCCCGAGCGGGCGCCAAGAAGGUGGCUCCAGACAUAGCUACCUUCGGCAUCCUCAUCAGCUGCUGUUGCAACGCGGGCUGUUUGAACCUCGGCUUCGCUGCAUUGGGCCAAAUCAUUAAGACGGGAGUGAGGGCACAUGCCGUCACCUUCACGCCCCUGCUCAGGACCCUCUGCGCCGAGAAGAGGACAAGCGAUGCAAUGAAUAUUGUGCUCAGGCGGAUGCCUGAGCUCGGCUGCACCCCCGAUGUCUUCUCCUACACCACACUUCUCAAAGGGCUUUGUGCUGAGAAGAAAUGUGAAGAGGCUGCCGAGCUGAUCCACAUGAUGGCUGAAGAUGGAGACAACUGCCCACCUAAUGUGGUGUCCUAUAGCACUGUAAUCCAUGGAUUCUUUAAAGAGGGAGAGGUAGGGAAAGCUUACACCCUGUUUUGCAAAAUGCUUGAUCAUGGGAUCCCGCCAGAUGUUGUGACCUGCAAUUCAGUCAUUGAUGGCCUAUGCAAGGCUCAAGCAAUGGACAAGGCCGAGGAGGUCCUUCAGCAGAUGAUUGACGAACAUAUUAUGCCUGAUUGUACUACAUAUAACAGUCUGAUCCAUGGAUACCUCUCUCUGGGACAGUGGAAAGAGGCAGUCCAAAUUCUCAAAGAAAUGUCUAGAGAUGGGCAGGGGCCAAAUGUUGUUACUUACAGUAUGCUGAUAAACUGUCUUUGUAAAUCUGGAUUGCGCGCAGAAGCUAGAGAGAUCUUUAAUUCUAUGAUUCAGAGUGGUCAAAAACCCAAUGCCGCCACUUAUCGAAGUCUGCUUCAUGGGUAUGCUACCGAAGGCAAUCUUGUUGAUAUGAACAAUGUCAAAGAUCUAAUGGUACAAAAUGGAAUGCGACCUGACCGUCAUGUCUUCAACAUAGAAAUCUAUGCAUACUGUAAAUGUGGAAGGCUAGAUGAGGCAAGCCUUACUUUUAACAAAAUGCAGCAGCUAGGAUUCAUGCCAGACAUAGUCACCUACACCACGGUUAUAGAUGGGCUUUGCAAGAUAGGCCGGCUGGACGAUGCAAUGUCCCGAUUCUGUCAGAUGAUUGAUGAUGGAUUGUCUCCCAAUAUCAUAACAUUUACGACCCUGAUUCAUGGGUUUUCUAUGUAUGGCAAAUGGGAGAAGGCUGAGGAACUAUUUUAUGAGAUGAUGGAUAGAGGCAUUCCUCCUAAUGUCAAUACGUUCAAUUCAAUGAUAGAUAGGCUAUUCAAAGAAGGAAAGGUUACGGAGGCCCGAAAACUCUUUGAUUUGAUGCCACGUGCAGGAGCUAAACCUAAUGUUGUUUCUUAUAAUACAAUGAUUCAUGGGUAUUUCAUAGCUGGUGAAGUGGGCGAAGUGAUGAAGCUCCUUGAUGAUAUGCUCUUGAUUGGCUUGAAACCCAAUGCUGUUAACCUUAAUACUUUACUUGAUGGCAUGCUCUCUAUUGGCUUGAAACCAAAUGUUGACACAUGUAAGACUUUGAUUGAUAGCUGCUGUGAAGAUGACAGGAUAGAGGAUAUAUUAACUCUGUUCCGAGAAAUGUUGAGCAAGGCUGAUAAGACUGACACUAUCACGGAAAAUAUAAAACUUAACCAUGUGUUACAUUAUUAUUCCAUCCUUCGGUAUAAUAGCUUACAGCUCGCAUGUCCGUGCAGCAAAUGCAUGAAAAAAAAAAACAAGGUAUGGUUGAACAAGCUGAAGCGGAUCAUUGGACGGCGCAUCCGCUCGGGAAGCCUCAGCGCUGAGGCCGCGCGCCAACUCUGCGACGAUGUGAUCCAAAGGCGUCCCCCACCGCCGGCCGUUUCCGCAGCCGCGCGCUGGCAUUGGGACGACCACCGCCCUUCCUGGGAGCUGGAGCGCUUCAUCGGAGUCUGUUACCGCUCGGGAGACCUUGGCCCCGAGGACGCACUCGGUCUGUUCGACGAGUUGCUUCUCCAAGCGAGGCCCGGCUCCGUUUACGCCCUCAACCAGCUCCCCACCACCAUCGCUCACGCCCCGGUCUCCUCCACCGUGGACGACGGCCCUGCGCUCGCCGUGUCCCUGUUUAUCCGCAUGGCCCGAGCUGGCGCCAAGAAGGUGGCUCCAAACAUAGCGACGUACAACAUCGUCAUCAGCUGCUGCUGUCAUGCAGGAUGCUUGAACCUCAGCUUCGCUGCAUUGCGCCAAAUCAUUAAGACAGGGCUGAGGACAGAUGCCAUGAUCUUCACGCCCAUGCUCAGGACCCUCUGUGCCGAAAAGAGGACGAGUGAUGCAAUGGAUAUUGUGGUCCGACGGAUGCCUGAGCUCUGCUCCACCCCCAAUGUCUUCUCCUACAACACUCUUCUCGAGGGGCUCUGUGAUGAGAAGAAAUGUGAUGAGGCUGUGGAGCUGAUCCACAUGAUGGCUGAGGAUGGAGAUAACUGCCCACCUAAUGUGGUGUCUUAUACCAUCGUAAUCCAUGGGUUGUUUAAAGAGCAUGAGGUGGGGAAAGCUUUCACCCUGUUUUGUGAAAUGCUUCGUCGUGGGAUCCCGCCAGAUGUUAUGAUUUACAGAUCAAUCAUCGAUGUCCUAUGCAAGGUUCAAGCAAUGGACAAGGCCGAGAAGGUCUUUCGACAGAUGCUUGACAAUCAUAUUAUGCCUGACUGCACUACAUAUACUAGUCUUCUCCAUGGAUACCUCUCUUUGGGACAGUGGAAAGAAGCAGUCAGAAUUCUCAAAGAAAUGUCCAGAGAUGGGCAACGACCCGAUGUUGUUACAUACAGUAUGCUGAUAAACUGCCUUUGUAAAUCUGGAGGGCACGCAGAAGCUAGAGAGAUUUUUAAUUCUAUGAUCCAGAACGGUGAAAAACCCAAUGUCAGCACCUAUGGAAGUAUGCUUCAUGGGUAUGCUACCAAAGGAGAUCUUGUUGAAAUGAAUAAUCUUUUAGAUUUGAUGGUACAGAAUGGAGUGCAACCUAAUCAUCAUAUCUUCAACAUACAGAUCUAUGCACACUGUAAAUGCGGAAGGUUAGAUGAGGCAAUGCUUACUUUUAACAAAAUGCGGCAGCAAGGAUUGGUGCCAGACAUUGUCAGCUAUGGGACGGUAAUAGAUGCGCUUUGCAGGAUAAGCCGGCUGGACGAUGCAAUGGUCCAAUUCUAUCAGAUGAUUGAUUAUGGAUUGUCUCCCAAUAUCAUAGUAUUUACGACUCUAAUUCAUGGUUUUUCUAUGCAUGGCAAAUGGGGGAAGGCUGAGGAACUAUUUUAUGAGAUGAUGGAUAGUGGCAUUCGUCCUACCGUCGUUGUCUUCGUUGCAAUGAUAGACAAGCUAUUCAAAGAAGGAAAGGUUACAGAGGCCCAAAAACUCUUUGAUUUGAUGCCAUAUGUAGGUGUAAAGCCUGAUGUAGUUUCCUAUAGUACAAUGAUUCAUGGGUGCUUCUUAACUGGUAAACCAGACGAAGUGAUGAAGCUCCUUGAUGAUAUGCUCUUGAUUGGCUUGAAACCCAAUGCUGUUAACCUUAAUACUUUACUUGAUGGCAUGCUCUCUAUUGGCUUGAAACCAAAUGUUGCUACCUGUAAGACUUUGAUUGAUAGCUGCUGUGAAGACGGCAGGAUAGAUGAUGUAUUAACUCUGUUCAGAGAAAUGUUGAGCAAGGCAGCUAAGACUGACACUGUCGCGGAAAAGAUAAUUUCAUGAAUGUUAUUUCAGAUUGGAAGUACUGCCAUUAAGAUGGAACUCAACUGAAGAUGACCAAAAGGGGAAAAUAGGUUCUUAAUAUUGACUAAGACACAUUAUGUUGUGCUUAAUUUUACAUGAAGAUGAUUUGGAUGUGCAUCAGUCUGGAGAAGUUACAAUAUAGUUUCUUAUCUACCCAGUAGUAUGUAUCUGGUAGGUCUUCUUGUCGUUGUAAAUUUUAGUGUUUGGUUAUUGCAAGCUCGAUCUCUUGUGAAGUAUAUGUAUGAGGGGAUUCCUUGCAGUAAUGGUCAUCAUCUAUGCCCUUAGCCUUUUUUUUAGAACAGUAGCCUCGGUUUGUUUGCUGAAGAAACUGUUUUUUUCGUCUAUCAACUCUUGAGGACUUGAAGACCUGUACCUUAUUCUUACGAUGAAGUCAGCUGAUUUUAGAACAUGUGUAUUAUGCCUCUUGUCACUGUUUCCGCUCAAAGCUUCAGAAGUUGUUACACCAGCAGGAGUCAGUUCAUACAUUUGAGGUAGCAUGUCUACAAGAUGCUUACAACACAAGUAAUUAAUUCAAUAUGAAAGUGAUCUUCCUGAGGUUCCAAGAGCUAGUUCAAGGCUUAAAGCAAGCCAAUGAACAUACUAUAGGCUACAACAUGAUGACAAGACAUUGAUGAGCAGAGUUGCGUGCGCAAAUUUGAAUGAAAAACAUCUUUCCACUAUUGAAUUGUCGUUGUUUUGUUUGUAAUGGCUCUCAGGCUAAUACUGAUCGCAUCUUUUGCAUGAA